AUGUUGCAUCAGUUAGCAACAAGCAGUAACAGCUCCAAACAACACUACUCUAAACAUUCAGCAACAGCCCCGCUCCACACAGCCAGGAUCCACACAGUCCCACUCCCCACAGCCAGGAUCCACACAGCCCCGCUCCACACAGCCGCGCUCCCCACAGCCAGGCUCCCCACCGACCCGCUCCCCACAUUCCCGCUCCACACAGCCCCGCUCCCCACAGCCCGCUCCACACAGCCCCGCUCCACACCGCUCCGCUCCCCACAGCCAGGAUCCACACAGCCCCGCUCCACACAGCCCCGCUCCACACAGCCAGGCUCCCCACCGCCCCCACUCCCCACAGCCAGGAUCCACACAGCCCCGCUCCACACAGCCCCGCUCCACACAGACCCGCUCCCCACAGCCAGGCUCCCCACAGCCAGGAUCCACACAGCCCCGCUCCACACAGCCAGGCUCCCCACCCCCCGCUCCCCACAGCCAGGAUCCACACAGUCCCGCUCCACACAGCCCCGCUCCACACAGCCAGGCUCCCCACCGCCCCGCUCCCCACAGCCAGGAUCCACACAGCCCCGCUCCACACAGCCCCGCUCCCCACAGUUCCGCUCCCCACAGCCAGGAUCCACACAGCCCCGCUCCACACAGCCCCGCUCCCCACAGCCCAGCCCCGCUCCCCACAACCAGGCUCCACACAGUCCCACUCCACACAGCCCCGCUCCCCACAACCAAGCUCCACACAGCCCCGCUCCCCACAGCCCCGCUCCCCACAACCAGGCUCCACACAGUCCCGCUCCACACAGCCAGGCUCCACACCGCCCCGCUCCACACAGCCAGGAUCCACACAGCCCCGCUCCACACAGCCAGGCUCCACACCGCCCCCGCUCCACACAGCCAGGAUCCACACAGCCCCGCUCCACACAGCCAGGCUCCACACAGCCCCGCUCCACACAGCCAGGCUCCACACCGCCCCGCUCCACACAGCCAGGAUCCACACAGCCCCGCUCCACACAGCCCCGCUCCACACAGCCCCGCUCCACACCGCUCCGCUCCCCACAGCCAGGAUCCACACAGCCCCGCUCCACACAGCCCCGCUCCCCACAGCCCCGCUCCACACAGCCAGGCUCCCCACCCCCCGCUCCCCACAUUCCCACUCCACACAGCCCCGCUCCCCACAGUCCCACUCCCCACAGCCAGGAUCCACACAGCCCCGCUCCACACAGCCCCGCUCCCCACAGCCAGGCUCCACACAGCCCCGCUCCACACAGGCCCGCUCCCCACGGCCCCGCUCCCCACAGCCAGGAUCCACACAGCUCCGCUCCACACAGCCCCGCUCCACACAGACCCGCUCCCCACAGCCAGGCUCCCCACAGCCAGGAUCCACAGCCCCGCUCCACACAGCCAGGAUCCACACAGCCCCGCUCCACACAGCCCCGCUCCACACAGCCAGGCUCCCCACCGCCCCGCUCCCCACAGCCAGGAUCCACACAGCCCCGCUCCCCACAGCCAGGAUCCACACAGCCCCGCUCCCCACAGCCCCGCUCCCCACAGCCCCGGUCCCCACAGCCAGGAUCCACACAGUCCCGCUCCACACAACCAGGCUCCACACAGCCCCGCUCCCCACAACCAGGAUCCACACAGUCCCGCUCCACACAACCAGGCUCCACACAGCCCCGCUCCCCACAACCAGGCUCCACACAGUCCCGCUCCCCACAACCAGGCUCCCGACAGCCCCGCUCCCCACAACCAGGCUCCACACAGUCCCGCUCCCCACAACCAGGCUCCCGAAUGUGGGGCGGGGGGGAGCCGGCUCCAGGAUCCACACAGCCCCGCUCCCCACAGCCAGGAUCCACACAGACCCGCUCCCCACAGCCAGGCUCCCCACAGCCAGGCUCCACACAGCCCCGCUCCACACAGCCAGGCUCCCCACCGCCCCGCUCCCCACAGCCAGGAUCCACACAGCCCCGCUCCACACAGCCCCGCUCCACACAGCCAGGCUCCCCACCGCCCCGCUCCCCACAGCCAGGAUCCACACAGCCCCGCUCCCCACAGCCAGGAUCCACACAGCCCCGCUCCACACAACCAGGCUCCACACAGCCCCGCUCCCCACAACCAGGCUCCACACAGUCCCGCUCCCCACAACCAGGCUCCCGACAGCCCCGCUCCCCACAACCAGGCUCCACACAGACCCGCUCCCCACAACCAGGCUCCACACAACCCCGCUCCCCACAACCCAAAGUAUCCACCUCACACACAAGGUUAUGGGCUUGUAAAUAG